GGGAUUUUUAUGGACAGCUUUCAGCCAAGACAUUUCUGGCAAACUUACUCCUGUUUAAUGAGAUAAAUGUGAGCUGGCUGGAGACAAGAAAAACUGACGUAGUACCUGCUGAAGUUCAAAAUAUAUUUGAGUAUCAUGGCUAAAAAAGGGACAACAGAAUAUUUCCUGAGAUUUGUUGUUAUUCUGCUAAUUUAUAUGCAAGGACAAAUUCAGAAGAAUAUGGUGACUGCUCAAACUCCAGGCACCUCAACCCAAACCAUAUCAGCCCUCUCAACCGUGUUACCAAUACCCACUACAACCACAUCAGACCUGUCAAUGGUGUCCAAUUCCUCCACAGCAAGCAUCUCAACCAAGUCCACUUCCCCCAGAACAGGUGUCUCAACUACAUCUACUUCACCCACAUUAGACCAGUCUUCAAUUGCACCUACUUCACCCACAACAGGCUUCUCAACCACGCCGACUUCCCCCACAACAGACACCUCAACCACAUCCAAUUCACCCACAUUAGACCAGUCCUCAACUCCACCUACUUCCCCCACAAUAGGCAUCUCAACCGCACCUACUUCACCCACAUCAGUCGUGGCCUCAACCACGCCCAUGCCACCCACAACAGGUGUCUCAACCGUGUCCACUUCACCCACAUUAGACCAGUCCUCAACUGCACCUACUUCCUCCACAACAGGCAUCUCAACUGCACCCACUUCACCCACAUCAGUCAUGUCCUCAACCACGCCCAUGCCACCCACAAAAGUCAUCUCAACCACACCCACCCCACCCACAUUAGACCAGUCUUCAACAGCAUCUACUUGCCCCACAACAGGCAUCUCAACCAUGCCUACUUCCCCCACAACAGAAAUCUCAACCACAUCCAUUUCACCUACAUUAGACCAGUCCUCAACUGCACCUACUUCACCCACAACAGGCUUCUCAACCAUGCCGACUUCCCCCACAACAGACAUCUCAACCACAUCCACUUCACCCAUAUUAGACCAGCAUCUCAACCAUGCCUACUUCCCCCACAACAGAAAUCUCAACUGCACCCACUUCACCCACAUUAGACCAGUCCUCAAGUAA